CGGGGAUCACGGACCGGUCCAAUACUUUCCCCCUAUAACCCAUGUUUUCUGUCUAAAUGUUAAUUUGGCAAAACGUGCGGCAUUUAAAUUCUACUUGUUUUUCUAUACGACUUAAUUAAUUCUAAUGGAAAAUCGAAGCAGAAAAUAGCUGGGAUGGAGUUGUGGCGCACAAGACGCUGCCCCCACAAGUCACGGGUGGACGUUUCGGGUGGUUGUGACUUGAGGAGUUUACAUUAUCUGUGAAACUAGCGGAUGGAAAGCAUCACAUAAAGCCAUCCCUGGAGCCCUGCACGGCCUGGCUGCGGGGUUGUGAUCUUUAAUUGACACCCUAAGAAUGAGCUAAAACGAGGAGGCCGAGCUCCUGGUGCAAAUGUUACAUCGAUGACAAAAGAAAGAGCGAGUGCAGCAGAAAUGUGACAACAUCUGUCAAGAGGCUUUAGAGCGUUGACAGCUCCCGGUUAGCCCUUGCAGGGGGACCGAGACGGACAAGGAAACCCCGAGGAUCAGGGCCUCCUGUCCGGAUGACACCAGCAGGCGCCGGCCGCGGGGCUCUGUGUAGCUAGCGUUAGCAUUAGCGUUAGCUAAGCUAACACACGCAUUAGAUGAAUACUAAACAACGUUAACGCAUUUUUUUAGGUGGAGAACUAAAACGAACAACUUCAUAUGAGGCGUGUGGGACUGGGAACUGUGAAGGAGUUUGCUGUCACUGGAUGGGUGGACAACAGCUUUUCUACGACUGAAAGUGACGGUAGCUGCACAAGGCUCUCCAGGCAUGAUGGAAGGACUUCAUAGUCAGGCUUUAAGCCUGGACCCACGCAGACAGGAGCUGCUUGAGGCUCGCUUCACUGGACUUGGUGUGGCCAAGAGUUCAGCCAACAGUGAAUCAUCCAACCAGUCGCUGUGUAGUGCGGGUUCACUGAGUGACAAGGAACUGGAGACCCCAGAGAAGAGAGUCAAUGACCAGAGAAGCAGGAAGAGAAAAGGAGAUAUGUAUGACAGCAAUAGCCAGGGAAAAGGAAGAGGACACAAAAUAAGUGACUAUUUUGAGUUUGCUGGUAACAGUGGCUCAGGCACCAGUCCUGCCCGAGGCAUCCCCUCGCUGUGUCAGCACAGCAGUCCUUCAUCCACAGGCUCAGCCCACACAGACUCUUCAUCUUGCAGCUCGGUUAGGAUAGCCCCCACCGUCCACUGCUCACACAAAGCCACCCAGUCAGAACUGACACUACUGAAACUCAAAGCAUUGGAGAAGGACAAGAACUCUGAUCUGGAGAAGAAAGAAGGGAGGAUAGACGACCUGCUUAGAGCUAACUGUGACUUGAGGCGUCAGGUAGAUGAGCAGCAGAAGAUGCUGGAGCUCUACAAGGCACGGCUUAACAAGUGUGUGACCAUGAGCAAGAAACUGCUCAUUGAGAAGUCAAAGCAGGAGAAGAUGGCUUGCAGGGACAAAAGCAUGCAGGACCGCUUACGUCUGGGUCAUUUCAGUUCUGUGCGUCACGGAGCCUCCUUCACCGAGCAGUGGACUGAUGGAUUCGCCUUCCAGAACCUCAUCAAGCAGCAAGACCGAGUCAAUUCGCAGCGGGAAGAGAUUGAGAAGCAGAGAAAACUGUUGGGCAAGAGGAAGCCUCCCUCCAUGGUCCAGACUCCUCUACUCAGCAUGGAACAGAACAGACGAAAGAGCAGGAGCAACGGCCAAGAGAAUGACGCGUUGUCUUUGGCAGAAUAUCACGAGCAAGAGGAGAUCUUCAAGCUUCGAAUUGGCCAUCUUAAAAAGGAGGAGGCAGAGAUCCAGGCAGAGCUGGAGCAUUUGGAGCGAGUCAGAAACCUGCACAUCCGGGAGCUGAAGAGAAUCCAUAAUGAGGAUAACUCACAAUUUAAAGACCACCCCACACUGAAUGAUCGAUAUCUGCUGUUACACUUACUUGGAAGAGGUGGUUUUAGUGAAGUCUUCAAGGCUUUUGAUUUGACAGAGCAAAAAUUUGUGGCCAUUAAAAUUCAUCAACUCAACAAGAACUGGAGAGAGGAGAAGAAAGAAAAUUACCGCAAACAUGCCUGUAGAGAGUAUCGAAUCCACAAAGAACUUGACCAUCCGAGAAUAGUCAAACUCUACGACUACUUCUCACUUGACACUGACUCGUUCUGCACAGUGCUGGAGUACUGUGAAGGCAAUGAUCUGGACUUUUACUUGAAGCAAAAUAAGCUUAUGACCGAGAAGGAGGGUCGCUCUAUUGUCAUGCAGAUUGUCAAUGCCCUCAAGUACCUCAACCAGAUUCGGCCACCCAUCAUCCACUAUGACCUCAAACCUGGAAACAUCUUGUUGGUUAAUGGCACAGCUUGUGGAGAGAUUAAGAUCACAGACUUUGGCCUGUCUAAGAUCAUGGAUGAUGACAGCUACAGCUCUGUAGAUGGCAUGGAGUUAACUUCACAAGGAGCAGGGACCUACUGGUAUCUUCCUCCUGAAUGCUUUGUUGUUGGCAAGGAUCCCCCCAAAAUAUCCAACAAGGUGGAUGUUUGGUCAGUGGGGGUCAUCUUCUACCAGAGCUUAUAUGGACGCAAGCCCUUUGGCCAUAACCAGUCACAGCAGGAUAUCCUACAGGACAACACCAUACUCAAAGCCACUGAGGUGCAGUUUCCCCCCAAACCUGUGGUCACCACAGAAGCAAAGGCCUUUAUUCGACGUUGCCUAGCUUAUCACAAGGAGGAUCGUGUGGAUGUGCUGCAGCUGGCAAACGACCCCUUCCUAUUGCCUCAUAUGCGAAAAGCUCUGGGCGGCAGCGCACCCCUGACAACUCCUGUUCCCUCCACUUCCAGCUGCUACGGCAACAGUGCCUCCGAAUGAAGCAAGUGGGGGGGAAAUUAAACCCCAGUGAGGACAAAGCCAUGAGGAGAUAUUACACACUUGAUGAAACUUCUGCUUUGCUCUAAAAGAGCAUGAUGGAGAGAUGCUAAGUGUGAAUGUAGGUAAAAUGACAGAGAGCAUGGUGAUGUAGUAAUCAUGUAUGUGCCCACCACUUUUGUAAAAGUGGUAAAAAUGAAGGGCCAGCCUCUGACUGUGGGCUUGGUAGAACCCAAAGAAUUGCCCAUAUGCAUGCACUAACAGAAAAACUGGCUAAAUUCAAGGGGCUUAUUACAUGAUAGCACCCAAAGAAUUGCACAAGCAACAGGCCGGAGAGUGUGCUGCCUAUACCCUGGAUGGUUUAUGAAGCAGCAUUAAUGAAAUAUCAUCCUCCACUGCUAGAAACCUGUAACCUAUCCAACUAUUUUCAGUACUAUAGCAGUCUGUUUUUUAAAGAAGUAUCCCCAUAGGUUUGAACCUGGGACUUUAGAGGAAGGGCUCCUGUGGUGAGAAUAUGAAAUGACUGAUGACCAAAGUGAGUAUUGCCUUGUUGUCAUGGCACCAAUAGAGGUUUAUAAAUGACUUGAUGCAGAAGAGUGCAGAUUUUAGAAUGAGUAAGUGGUUUUGACCUAUUUGAAUUAAUUUACUGAAUAACUGGAAGUCAUGUUAUUGUUUUAAUUGUUUAGUCCACAUUUUUCAACGAAAUUUACCUCCUUGUUUUUGUUAAACAUUUAAGGGGGGCGACUGAGUGAGUGUUACAAUGAGAAUUCAAAUUUAAAAAAUAUUAAACAAUUAAAAGACGUUUGGUUAA